AUGCUGCUGCUCCUGCUGCUCCUGGAGGCCACCCUGCUGCGGCUGGCCAGCGGUUCCCACCACCCCUUCUACAAUGGCUUCUACUACAACCACGUCAUGAACGACAAGGGCAGCGAGCAGGGCAAAGUGGUUUACUUCAACGGAGGCAGACUGGUGGUGGAGACCCCCAAAGAUCCCAUCUAUACUAACGUCACCCUGCCCUGCCACUACCGCUAUGAGCCCGAUGUGGAAGCCAAGCACAAGAUCCGCAUCAAGUGGUCCAAGCUGCGGGAUGACUACACCAAGGAGCAGGAUGUGCUGGUGGCCAUCGGCAAGAUAGCCAUGGCCUUUGGGGACUUCCAGGGCCGCGCUCACCUCCACCAGAGCGGCCGGCACGAGGCCUCGCUGGUCGUCAGUGAUGUGCGCUUGCAGGAUGAUGGCAAAUACCGCUGCGAGGUCAUCGAUGGGCUGGAGGAUGAGAGUGAUGUGGUGGACCUCCGGCUGCAAGGCAUCGUGUUCCCCUACCAGCCUCCCCGUGGGCAGUACAGGCUCAACUUCCACGAAGCCGAACGAACGUGCCAGGAGCAAGGUGCCAUCCUCGCCACCUUCAACCAGCUCUUCCAGGCCUGGAGCGAGGGGCUGGACUGGUGCAACGCAGGCUGGCUGGCCGAUGGCACCGUGCAGUACCCCAUCCGCCUGCCCCGCAAGCCCUGCGGUGGGCUGCACCUCGCCCCGGGCAUCCGCAGCUAUGGUCCACGCCACCGGCACCUGCACCGCUUUGAUGCCUUCUGCUUCUCCUCCGCACUCAAAGGGGAGGUUUUCUACCUGGACCACCUGGCCGGGAUGACACUGGAGGAGGCCAAGCAGAGCUGCCAGGAUGCGGGGGCUGAGAUCGCCCGGGUGGGGCAGCUCUACUCC